GGUUGCUGUCCUUCAGCUCUCGAGGCAGGACCCAUUGACUUGUGAAUUUCCCUUGCUCCCAAGAUGGCGUCCGUUGUUGGCAUUACGGCCAUUGCGCUCCUAGCACAACAUGUUCAGGCAGUAAACAAUGGCCUCGCCAGAACACCGCAGAUGGGCUGGGAUAACUGGAAUUCCUUUGGAUGUGAUGUGUCCGAGGAUCUGCUACAAGGCACCGCUCGCCUGAUUGUCGACUAUGGCCUGAAGGACCUCGGCUAUGAAUACGUGGUUCUAGACGACUGUUGGUCUAAUGGCAGAGACGCCAGUGCCAACAAUUCGCUCAUUGUCGAUACCGAGAAGUUCCCCCGUGGGAUGGCGGCGGUGGCCGACGACAUCCAUGAACUUGGCCUGAAAUUCGGCAUGUAUUCUAGUGCUGGUGUAUACACGUGCGGACGCUUCGCAGGCAGUCUCGGAUAUGAAGAGGUAGACGCCAACUCUUGGGCUGAAUGGGGGGUCGACUACUUGAAAUACGACAACUGCUACAACUCGGGCGAGGCCGGCACGCAGAAGCUGUCGCAUGACCGCUACAACACCAUGGCGAAAGCGCUGAACGCCACGGGCAGGCCGAUAUUGUACUCGCUCUGCAACUGGGGUGAGGAUUAUCCCUGGAACUGGGGUCCGACGAUAGCAAACUCGUGGAGGAUCACAGGCGACGUAACCGACUUUUAUGAUCGGCCCGACCCGCGAUGCCCCUGUGAUGGGCCCGAUGCUUGGGAUUGUUCCCUCCCUGGUUUCCAUUGCAGUUUGCUCAACAUCAUCAACAAGGCAUCCUUUGUGGUUUCUAAGGCUGAGCCUGGAGGCUGGAAUGACCUUGAUAUGCUUGAGGUUGGCAAUGGGGGCAUGAGCGAUGCCGAGUACAAGACACAGUUUUCGGUCUGGGCUGCCGUUAAGAGCCCGCUGAUCAUGGGCAAUGACCUGCGCAUCGUCAAGCCCCAGGACCUCGCCAUCCUGUCCAACGCCGCCGUCAUCGCGGUGAACCAAGAUCCGCUCGGAAGUAGCGCAGCGAGGCGGUGGUAUUACGAGACCGACGACGUCGACCAGUACGGAAAGGGAAGUAUUCAGAUGUGGGCCGGCUCCUUGAACUCAACCACUGGGGGCGAGUACAGCGACAUGGUCGUUUUGCUGAUCAACGGCAACAACUCCAACAUGACCAUGAACGCGACGCUGGUCGAGGUCUUUGCUGAUUCCGGGGGCGCAAUCUCGGAUCAGGCAAAAAUUGCGUGGGAAGUCAGAGACCUUUGGGCGAAUCGGAUGUCCAACGAGGAGGCCCAGGCCAUCAUCGAUGCAUCCUCUGCGUCGGGUAACUACACCAGCGGAUUCAACGCGACGAGAGUUGGGGGCGAGAAUCGGUACAAUGCGACUGCCAAGUCGUAUUCCGAAGGCCUGUCAGAUGCGGAUGAGCUUCUAUUAGGCAAUGUCACGACCACGGUGCAGCCCAUGGGCACUAUCACGGCUGAGGUUGAGAGGCACGGCAUCGCCAUGUUCCGUCUGAGAGCCGUGCCGACGGGUUCGCUGAGGAAGAGGACUGAGCUGUAAGUGGACAGGAAUUACAAGUUCUAGAUAACAAAAAACAGCAAUUAACAAUCACUUUGAUCAUCUGCGGCUAUCAAGUCAGUUGCUUGUAGCAAGCGCAAACAAAUUUGAAGGUUUACGCGUAAAUUUCUUUGCUGAUCAAAAUGAU